GGGGAAUAUAUGCGUUGUUAAUACGGACUGAAACUGAAACUGUGUGGUCAAUCUCUACGGUCUUCACCAUCCACGGUGAUGCACGUGCUCAAUAGCCAUGUACCCAAUUCGUACCAGCCGUAGCCUAAACGAUGAGAUCGCUUGUCAGCCGUCGAACCAGCUCCAAACCAACCAGCAAUCUAUUCCUAAGCAGUUAUGCCGUUGUGAUGUUGAUACCACUCAGGGGCACUGUUGACAUUUGGGCGGUGAAGUAUUGCCGGCUUGAAGCCACAGCAGCGGGCAGUUUAGGCUUGGCAAGGCCCGUGCUUCGACUUCGCGCGCUGGGUUCGAUUUUCUGGUGAUCGAUUAUCUCGAAUUUUGAGCAGCUCCGGCCCGGCAGCCAUUGGCGAUUUGGACGGCACACCCUACGAUGAAAUAGAAGCAACCGUUACUGCAGCCGAAAGAGACGACUAGACACAUACCGGCAACACCAUGUCGACCCCCAAUUGCCUACGCUGCCUCGUGCGGCCGUCAGCGGGGAUUCCGGUAUCAGGGCCCAUGUCAAGAACUGCCACUACUGCUACUCCCAUCGCUGCACUCCCUCUCACCAGAACCCUGACCGCACCCUUCUCGACAACCGCAGCCUCGAAUGCUGCACCCAGAAGGGCGUUUCAGCCAGCCGCCAGUACGAAGGGCCACUCCCGUGUGGGCAAGAAGCUGCAGCUCGGCAAGUUCAAGAAGGACAGGGUCGCUGAGAGGGGUAGGGUCCCGCAGCCCGGAGAGCGCAAGGCCUACCGCAAGCGCAUUACCCUUAGCAACGACAACGCCAUCCCCGUGCCAUGGCUUACCGACCUGGCCCCGGCCGAUAUGACCGCAGCCGAGAACACCGCCAGGGUCCUGGCCCUUCCCGAAGAGGUGCAGGACCAGCUGCGCGCCGGCGAAGCCUUCAAGACGACACAGUGCUGGGGCAUGUUCAGGAAACCCGCCGUGUUGGUGCGCAAGGAGACGGUCAACCUGGCGAACCAGAUGCAGGAGUCGGCCGACAACAGGAAGACCCUACGUCUGGUUGUGACCGGUGACAAGGUGGCUGGCAAGAGCAUGAUGCUGCUGCAGGCCAUGGCCCAUGCCCACCUCAACAACUGGAUCGUCAUCAACCUCCCAGAGGCCCAUGAAAUUACCACCGCCAGCACCGAAUACGCUCCCAUCCCAAACACCGACCCCGUCCAGUACAUGCAGCCCGUUUACGUGCUCAAGCUGAUCCACGCCAUCAAGCGCGCCAACGAGCAAGUGCUAUCCAAGACGUACACCAUCCAAGCCCACCCGGAGCUCCCGCAAAACAUCCCCUCCAACACCCCGCUCCUGGCGCUCGCCAACGUCGCCAAGGAGGCCGACGGCGCCUGGCCCGUCUUCCAGGCGCUCUGGAACGAGCUGACGGCGCAAAAGGCCAACCGGCCGCCCAUCCUCCUCUGCCUCGACGGGCUCGCCCACGCGAUGAAGGUGUCGGACUACCGCUCGCCGUCCUUCGAGCGGAUCCACUCGCACGACCUGGCGCUGGUGCGCCUGUUCACGGACGCGCUGGGCGGCGGCGUGCAGUUCCCCGCGGGGGGCGCGGUGCUGGCGGCCACCAGCCGCAACAACGCGCCGCGGGCGCCCAGCAUGGAGCUGGCGCUGGCGCAGCGCGAGGCCGAGGCGCGCAGGGGCGCGGGCGCGGCGGGCGUCGAGGUGCCCCAGAAGGACCCCUUCUUCCGCGGCUACGACGACCGCGUCGAGGCCGUCCUGCGCUCCGUCCGCGUGCUCCGCGUCGCCGGCGUCGACAAGCUCGAGGCCCGCGCCCUGAUGGAGUACUGGGCCGCCAGCGGCAUGCUGCGCGCUACCGUUGACGAGAAGACGGUUACCGAGAAGUGGACCCUCGCCGGCAGCGGCGUGCUCGGCGAGAUGGAGCGCGCUGCGCUGCUGACGAUGCGGAUUUGAAGGCAGGCUUGUAAUCCUAUGAAACGGUGUGUAGAUAGACGCUGUGUAGAAAUGGGAGACUGUACUUGUAGUGUCGCAGUUUUGGACUCGGCGGUGGGGGGGUUUUGACCCAAGUGUCCUGAC